ACAGGGAGUGGGAGGAAGCCGGAGAGCGGGGGGCUGCGCGGGGCCCCGACGGGGACAGAGCGAGCGCGGGCAGGGACGGGGACAGGGGACAGGGACAGAGCCGGAGCCACCAGCCCGAGUGACAAAGCGGGGGCUGCGCCGAGGGGUCCCCAGGCUGUGUCCCCCCCGUCCCCAGGAGCGGCGGGCAGCGAGGCCAUGGCGAUGCUCCUGGAGCCCGGCAUGCAGAGCCUGCGGAUGGGUGCCAACGGCGAGCGGUGCCCGACGCCGUCCCCGCCCGGCUCCCCGGGGACGCCCCACGACAGCUGCAGCAUCGCCCCGCUGACGCCCUCCCAGUCACCGCGGAGCGAGGUGCGCUCCCAGCAGGGCCCGUCCUUCUCCGUGGUGGUGGCCAUCGACUUCGGCACCACCUCCAGCGGUUACGCCUUCAGCUUCACCAGCGACCCCGAGGCCAUCCACAUGAUGAGGAAAUGGGAAGGGGGGGACCCGGGUGUGGCCAACCAGAAGACGCCCACCAGCCUCCUGCUGACCCCGGAGGGGACAUUCCACAGCUUCGGCUACACCGCCCGCGAUUACUACCACGACCUGGACCCCGAGGAGGCCCGUGACUGGUUCUACUUUGAGAAGUUCAAGAUGAAGAUCCACAGCACCAGUGAUCUGACCAUGAAAACUGAGCUGGAAGCUGUCAACGGGAAGAAGAUGCCGGCGCUGGAAGUGUUCGCCCACGCGCUGCGCUUCUUCAAGCAGCACGCGGUGCAGGAGCUGAAGGAGUGCCCGUCCCUGCCCGAGCGCGAUGCCAUCCGCUGGGUCCUCACCGUGCCGGCCAUCUGGAAGCAGCCGGCCAAGCAGUUCAUGAGGGAAGCGGCCUACAAGGCCGGGCUGGUGUCCCCGGAGACGCCGGAGCAGCUGCUGAUCGCGCUGGAGCCCGAGGCCGCCUCCAUUUACUGCCGCAAGCUGCGGCUGCACCAGCUGAUCGAGCUGAGCUGCCGGGCCCCGGCCGGCGGGGCCGAGCCCCCCCACCCCAUCGACUCCAGCUUCCGGCAGGGUGAGGGCCGGGAGCAGCUCCGGCGAUCCCGGCACAGCCGAACCUUCCUGGUGGAGUCGGGAGUGGGCGAGCUCUGGUCGGAGAUGCAGGCAGGUGACAGGUACAUCGUGGCCGACUGUGGCGGGGGCACGGUGGACCUGACCGUGCAUCAGAUCGAGAAGCCGCAGGGGACGCUGAAGGAGCUCUACAAAGCCUCGGGAGGUCCCUACGGUGCCGUGGGUGUGGACCUGGCCUUCGAGAAACUUCUGUGCCACAUCUUCGGGGACGAUUUCAUCGCCACCUUCAAGGCCAAGCGUCCGGCGGCCUGGGUGGACCUGACCAUUGCCUUCGAGGCGCGGAAGCGCGCGGCCGCCCCGAGCCGCUCCAGCCCCCUCAACAUCUCCCUGCCCUUCUCCUUCAUCGACUUCUACCGCAAACACCGCGGCCACAACGUCGAGACCGCGCUCCGCAAGAGCAAUGUCAACCUGGUGAAGUGGUCGUCCCAAGGGAUGCUGCGGAUCCCCGAGGCCAUGAGCGAGCUGUUCCAGCCAACCAUCACCCACAUCAUCCAGCACAUCGACACCCUCCUGAAGAAACCCGAGGUGCAAGGCAUCAAAUUCCUGUUCCUGGUGGGCGGCUUCGCCGAGUCGGCCAUGCUGCAGCGGGCGGUGCAGGCCGCCUUCGGCCACUGCUGCCGGGUCAUCGUCCCGCAGGACGUGGGGCUGACCAUCCUCAAGGGGGCCGUGCUCUUCGGCCUGGACCCCGGCGUGGUGCGGGUGCGCCGCUCCCCGCUCACCUACGGCGUGGGGGUCCUCAACAAGUUCGUGGAGGGGAAGCACCCGCGGGAGAAGCUGCUGGUCAAGGAGGGCAAGAACUGGUGCACCGACAUCUUUGAGAAGUUUGUGAGUGUGGACCAGUGGGCAUUGGGUGAGGUGGUCCAGCGGAGCUACUGCCCGGCCAGGCCGGGCCAGCGCAGGACCAUCAUCAACAUCUACUGCUGUGACAGGGAUGACGUGGUGUACAUCACCGACCCCGGCGUCAGGAAGUGCGGCACCAUCAGCCUGGAGCUGGGGGACGCGGGGGACGCAGGCCCGGCGCGGGGCCGGCGCGAGAUCCGCGCCAGCAUGCAGUUCGGGGACACCGAGAUCAAGGUGACCGCGCUGGACACGCGCACAGCGCGCAGCGUGAGGGCCACCAUCGACUUCCUGUCCAACUGAGGGGACGUGGAACCUGUCACCAUCGACUUCCUGUCCAAUUGAGGGGCUGUGGGACGUGCCACCAUCAACUUCCUGUCCAACUGAGGGGACGUGCCACCAUCGACUUCCUGUC